GUCCACGCCGGCUCCCCCUUCUCUCCGUCUCUCACCCCAAUCACCAUGGCAUCUUUACUCGGAGCUGGCUACGAAUCCAGCGACGAUGACUCGGCCAAGCCAACGCUCCAGACGGCGCCGUCAGCGACCAAGAUUGUUGCGGCGCCUGAAGUGAACACAGAGGACCAGGCACACAUGCAGAUGAUGCUCGCGAACACCUCAUCCACCGCGCUCACGUACAACGCAACCUACGAUGAUCUCUCGCGGCCGUCCCAAGGCCCCGCCAACCCGUUCAAACCUGCCGGACCAGCAAACGGGCUUAAGCGCAAGAACGUCCCCACCGGUUUCGCCGAAGAAGCUUCCAUCAGCGAGGCGACCUUCGCCACACAACACCGCACCUUCCAAAGUCUAGGCUACACACGCAACCCCGGCCUCCCGGGCCAAUUCGUCGGCAACCUCGACAAUGCGGCCCACUUCGGCGGCCGCGAUGUCAUCCAGAUGAAGCCCUCGAAAGAGGUAUCGGCAGCUCUCCGCUCUAAGCGGCAACGGAAGGGUGACCCCAGCAUCGUCGAAGGCGAGGGCUCCUACCUCGGCCCGUGGGCGAAAUACCAGCACGACGACCGAGUGUACGAUGAACAAGCCGCGCUGGACGACCACGAGCUGGCCAGCGACGAGGAAUACGUGGAGGUGGAGGAAGAGGAGUCCCUGGCCCCGGCUCACAUGCCCGCCAUGAGCAAAGAGUCGACCGACUACCAAGACGACACCUCCAAGGUCGAGACGAGCGAAUUCCACGGCUCCGAACAAUUCGACUACCAGGGCCGCACGUACAUGCACGUCCCACAGGAUCUGGAUAUCGACCUGCGCAAAGAGCCCGGCAGCAGCAAGAACUUCAUCCCCAAGAAACUCAUCCACACCUGGAAAUCGCACACCAAGGCCAUCACCUCGCUCCGCUUCCUCCCGCGCUCCGGCCACCUCCUCCUCUCCUCCGCCGCCGACGGCAAGGCCAAGAUCUGGGACGCCUACCACUCACGCGAACUCCUCCGUACCUUCUCCGGACACUCCAAAGCCAUCUCCGACACCGACUUCCACCGCACGGGCACCACCUUCCUCACAGCCUCCUACGACCGACAGAUCAAGCUCUGGGACACCGAAUACGGCAAAUGCAUCGGGCGGUACACCACGGGCAAAACCCCGCACGUCGUGCGCUUCAACCCGGGGGCGGAAAACUCCCACGAAUUCCUGGCCGGUAUGUCCGACAAGAAGAUCGUCCAGUUCGACACGCGGUCCGGCGAGCUCAUCCAGGAAUACGACCACCACCUCGCGGCGGUCAACACGCUCACCUUCGUCGACGACAACCGGCGCUUCAUCUCCACCUCUGACGACAAAUCCCUCCGCGCCUGGGAAUACGGCAUCCCCGUGCCCAUCAAAUUCAUCGCCGAGCCCUACAUGUUCGCCCUCACCCGCGCUGCCCCCCACCCCAACGGCAAAUACGUCGCCUUCCAGUCCGGCGACAACCAGAUCGUCGUCUACGGCGCCACCGAUAAGUUCCGUCAGAACCGCAAGAAGAGCUUCCGCGGCCACAACAAUGCCGGCUACGCCAUCGAUAUCAAGAUCUCCCCUGAUGGCCAGUUCCUCGUCUCCGGUGACAGCGGUGGCUAUGUCUGUUUCUGGGACUGGAAGACCGGCAAAAUGUACCAUAAGAUUCAGGCCGGUGGGAAGGAAGGUGCUGCCACGACUUGUCUCGAUUGGCAUCCCCAGGAAACUAGCAAGCUUGUUACGGGUGGCUUGGAUGGGUUGAUUAAGUACUGGGAUUGAUUGAUUGAUAUCUUUCUUCUUUUCACUAUUUUCCUGCUUUAUUUUUCUCUUUUUUUUUCUUCCGGUGCGAUGGAUGUGUAAUAGAUAUAUGGUUCGUAUAUUAACAAUAUCUGUGGCGAAAAUGCAUUAUGCCUGGCUGGGGGUAUACAUACUAUAC